AUGCCGGGUGGAGGAAGCUCGGGCGGCGACAUGGACAACAACGGCGGCCUUGAGUCACUCUUGGCCCAGCUGCGUCGCCAGCCCGGCAAUCAAGACUCCCCUACCUCCCAGCAAGCUUCAGACCUGAUGUCACAUUUCAAUCCAUAUCACCAAGCCAGCCAGGCAUACUACAACCAGAGUCCCGCCGACUCUCCACAGAUGGAGGAGUCCUUCGACUUCCCACCCGCCGCCCCAACUCCCCCCGUCGGCGGAAUGUUCAACUCUGCGUAUCCUCCUGGCAUGUCCGGCGCUCGCGGCAAUGACGACCGCACUGCGAACCUCCUGAACCUUCUCAAGUACAACCAGAGCAAUCAGUCCAACUUGUCCCAGUCCUCAGCCACUCCUCAAGAACCCUCGUUUCCUCCUCAGCAAUUCCUCAGACAGGCUUCAGGCCCAGUGUCGUCCAAUCUUCUCCAUCACCCUGCCCCGGCAGCGGCCGACCCCUCCGGCUUGCUUGCGGCUCUUAUGAAAGGCAAGCUGCACGACGAGGUCGUCAAGGCCGAGCCUGCCCAGCCGCAGUCUCAACCGCACCAACCACAGCCUCCACAGGCAUCUACGUCCAACUGGGGCACCGGCCCGACUGAGAACACUCAGCAGUAUCUUCUCAAUCUUCUGAAUCGACCAAAGCCGAGCCAGAGUGAUGCGCCACUGUCCAACGAGACCAAGUCAAUCAACUUGACCCCGCAGUCGACGAGCGAGUCUGCCCACGAGCAUGCGAGAGAUUUUCCGUCCCUCGAGCGAGCCUUGGCCGAGUCCACACACGAUAUCGGCGAGGCGGCUCCCGCCGUGCCUGAUGUGCCAACUAGCUCAUUUGACUUCGAGUCCAAGGCAUCAGGGUCGCCGCAGCUGAAAUUUGACUCAGUUGCUCGUUCUACUCGGGAUGACACUCCAUCUAAGGCCAGUUUGUUCUCUUACAGCAACCCCUUCGAGGACAUCCCCACUGUCCCGUCGCCCUCGAAUCGGACACCAAAGACAUCUACACCUGGCGCCUCAGGCUCGCCCGCUGCCCCGUUUCAAAUUUUGAAGAAGCCUGGCUCUGCACAGGCAAAUUUUGAUCACAAGAGGCUUGGAAGCACUCGCAGCCCUCUAGAUAGCCCAGACCACGUCCGUCGGAAGACUGAAACCCCUGGCCAGGACCACAGAGUUGUCGGUCAUACCCCAGAGCCCUCGGAAUCUUUCUCGAGCUAUGAGGCGACACACAAAGGCAAGGAGACUGUUGCAAAUGCUGUCGGUGAUCUUGCCCGUACUGCUGACAGAGAGGCCCGGGAGGCAGUCGCUCGCGCCGAGGAGGAGCAGGCUCAGGCAAGGAUUGCCAAGGAACUCGAAGCUAUGAUGGAUGCUGAAGACGACAGCGAAUUCGUCAAGUCCGCUGCCCUUGCUGCUCAAGAUAUUAAGAGUCAGCUUGAGAAAGAGGAAAACGAGGGCCUUCUUGAGGCUACUCUUCGACCUGAAGUCGCCCAAGCUGUCAAGGACAUUGUCGAUGAGGCCGCUCAGGGCCCUGUGGUAGACAGCUGGGAAAGCGCUGAUGCAGAUGAGAUUGUUGUCAUUGAAGAGACGACCAACCCUGUUAAGGUUUUCAACUUCCCCAUGAAGCCCUGGAUCUCCAUCGCCAUCCAGGAUGGCGCCAAUGAGACCCGGCCCGUCUUCCGCGACGAUUCUAUUCUCGACAUUGCACGAUUGAAGAAGGAAUUCGAUCAAAUUGAUCGCAAUCUCGUGGCAGCUUCUGAAAACUACAUGGCCUACGGUAUGUCCAAGGCUGGUGGCCUGCGAGUUAUCAGGCAGGAUGAUGGCCAUGAUGCGAAGCUCUUUACCGACACGAAGGAUCGUAUCUUCAACCUAGCUAUCUCUUCUACGCCUGCAGACCACAACGCGGCCCACAAGGAGGCGAUCAUUGGAACUGGCAUUAGCGGUACUGUCUACUGGGUGCAGAUCAAGGAUGGAGACCGAGACCACCUCGAGGAUGCCAACCCAGAGCAGUACGGCUUCGCCCUACCUCCCAUUACUUCCCAGGAGGGUGAUGCUCCGGGCGGCGUUCUUAAGACGAGGGCUCGCGCGUCCACCAACCAUCCUAACUACUUUGCCGUUGGUCGUGGCAAGGCCAUCAACAUUAUCUGGCCAUCAUUUAUCCUGCAGAACGGCCUCAUCAAGCCUGGGCAUGACCGUCUUGUAGAUACUGAUAGGCUUGCUAAGGAAUGCUCACUCAAGAUCAACACGGGCAAGGCAGGCAAAGACUUCACAUUCAGCCAAGAUGAUACAAUGGUCGUGUCUCUUGACAAGUCCGGUAGGGUCAAGUUCUGGGACGUCCGUGACCUCACCGCUGUCAAGGAGGGAUCUGAUCCACGCAACCCCAUGCCGGCUGAGACGUCACUUGAGGUUAAGGAACCCCUUAUGACGCUCACGACAACACCUGAAGGCGAGAAGGCCUGGCCGACAUCCGUUCUACUGCUGGAUAAGCUCCGGCCGUACCAGAAGCGCGGUGCCCUUCGAUAUAUGAUUGUCGGCAUGAAGCAGAAUCACACAUUGCAGUUGUGGGAUCUCGCCCUUGGUAAACCUGUCCAAGAGUUUAAUCUUCCCCACAGCAAGGAGUCAGAUGCUGUUUGCAGCGUCAUGUACCACCCUCCUUCGGGCAUGAUUGUUGUUGGCCACCCUACCCGGAACUCAAUCUACUUCCUCCAUCUAUCAGCGCCCAAGUACACGCUGAAGAACCAGUCGCAGGUGGAUUACAUUCAGAGGCUUGUUGCACAGGACUCUUCGAUUCCCCAGCCAGAGUCUACUGCCGUUAUUAGUGGUAUGCGAGAGUAUUCUUUUGCCAAUAAGGGAACCUUGCGCAGCCUUCAGCUCCUUCAGAACCCGUCGUCUGCUAGCGACAGCGAUGAACCCACCCUGUUUGAGCUGUACGCAAUGCACUCGAAGGGCGUGGCGUGCUUGAUGAUCAAGCAGGCCGAACUGGGCUGGACCAAGGACAACAAGGUCAUGGCGCCUGUUGAUGCUGUCGACGAAGGUGUCGUAAAGAUCACCAAGCUUAAGACGCCGCCAGCCGCUCAGUCCUCUGAGUCUCAUGGACUUGAAGAGCCACAACCCAACCAGAUCCGGCUUGCCGUUCGCAGCAAAGAGUCUAUCACUGCUGCUGCUGCCACAUCAUCCCAAGAAGAUGCACCGUCUCGUAAAACUACUGAACUUGUUACUUCUGCUAAGCAAAAGGAAAUCAAAGAAGAUGAGGCAACCUCUCACCAUCCCGUCGCUCCUCCCGCAGAAAAGACCGAGAAGAAGAGCAGGAAGAAGAAGGCGGCAGCAGAACGAGCCGCCGCCGCCGCUGCACAAGCUGAGCGCGAUAACGGCCUUUCAAAUGGCAGCAGCAACUCUCCUCGUGCAACACCUGCUGCUUUCACCCAGAAAGCCGACAGGGUCACACUUUCCGCCACUCAGACUUCUCAGGCUACAACAAUCUCCUCCGAGGCCAUUGAUUCUCGCAUCAACGCUAUGGAGAGCCGAAUCACUAGCGCUCUCGGCCAUACCGUCAGAAACGAAAUGGAGAAUCUCCGCCGACGUGUUGACGAUGACAUGCGUCUUCGUGACGAGCGCUUCAGCAGCCACCAAGGAAACUUACUCGAGAUGGUUUCCGAAGUUCUCAAUGGCAACACUCAACGUGUCCUGACGAAGAUCAUUCACGAAGAGUUUGAAGCUUCCGUCACACCCAUGGUGCGCGAUGUGGUCAGCAAGUCAAUCUCUGACCAGCUUGGUGCCAGAUUGAACAGCUCUGUAUCGCAGUCUGUCCAGAAAGAGCUGCAGAAAGUGGUGCCCAAUGCAGUCACCCAGGCGUUGCAGAAACCCGAGCUUCUGAAGAGCACAACGGAUAAGAUGGUGCACUCUCUUACUCGCCAUGUCGAGGAGCAGAUCUACGAGGUUCUCGACGACAAGAUCAUCCCCAAGUUCACUAACAUCGCCACUCAGGCUGCUCAGCGAGUCGGUAAUGACGUUCGUCGACAAGCCAGCGAGCAGAUUGCCCGGCUCGAACAGCUCCGAGCAGCUGACAUGGGCAAGAUUGAUCAGCUCGUCACCUUGACAGCGCGUCUCUCCGAUACUGUUUCGACGAUGGCGGCUGCCCAGAGCCAAUUCCAAGGCGAGUUCAUCAAAUUCCAGACCCAGGCGAUGCAAGUCCAGCAGCAACAAGCUCCGGUCCCAAGUCUUGGCCAUGGAAGCCAGGGUCAUGGAAGUCAAGGCCAAGCCAGUGGUGCUUACAACAGCCCAAUACAUACGCACGCUGCCGCGUUGCAACCAAUUGCGCCCCCAAGCCAUCUCUCGCAACAGACUCACCAGUCCACUCACAGUGAGCACAACAACCAGCAGAUGGUCUUCCAGCCCACAACGAAGGAGAAUCGGGGACGGCUUGAGACGGAACAGAUUAUUCACACCAUCAGCAAUCUCAUGGAGAAUGAGGCCUACGAUGAGGCGAUGAUCAAGUGGCUACAUGCCACCAAGCAAGAGGCAGAGAUCUGGGAUGCGGUACUCCACAAGUACCGACCAACCUUCAUCCCAAACUUGAACCCACUACUAGUCCUGAGCAUCGCCGCGACGAUUUCCAAUGAGCUUGAGAGCGGUAAGUUGCACGAAAAGCUGGCAUGGAUCGAAGCGGUGCUCAUUACUAUAUCUAAUGCACUUCCGUCUCUGGAUGGCCAAACCCGCGAAGUGACACCUAAGAUUAUGGGAGUCUUGAAGGCACGCCUUGAGCAUCUCUUCCUUCGCAUUAACAGCCAGACACCCGGUGAUCAUAUCCUCAAGAACUUGUCCGGCAUGGUACAAGUCACGACACAGAUCAUGAAUGCGACCAGACCCAUUCAACAGCAACAAAUGAGCCCAUACUGA